GUUAGCUUGAGGUCAGGUGAUCCCAUCGUCACUACAACCACCAUAGCAACGAACGCUUCGAGUCAUGGUGGUUAAACGGUGCAAGAGAAGGUCCCUUUGGUAUUGAGGAAUGAAGAGGCUGGCCUAGAUGAGAGCUUCACCUGAGCAGUAAGAAUGCCUUGCCUCUGAGGAUGGGAGGAAGUGGAUCCAAAGCCAAAGGUGUGUGGCCUUUCUCAGGCAGUGGAGCUGCAGGUGACUCUGCCAGUGAUGGUAACGAGCAGACCCUGGCCCGACUCAAAUGUUCCAGGAACGCCACACCUUUUGUUUUUACCAGGAGGAGCUCGCUGUACUACGACGAGGACGGCGACCUCGCCCACGAAUUUUACGAAGAGACCGUGGUGACAAAAAACGGCAGGAAAAAGUCCAAAUUGAAGAGGAUCCAAAAGAAUCUGAUUCCACAGGGCAUUGUGAAGCUGGACCAUCCCUGCAUUCAUGUGGACUUCCCCAUCAUCCUUUGUGAGAUGUGACGCUUUUUUUACUCAUGGAAAAUCUCAUAUGAAGUACUCCUACUGGACUGAAGAGGUCAGACCUGAGUCGUCUUUUAUUUUGGACAUUCAGACAUUAACUGUGGGGUCUACAGAGACAGAAAACGUCAAAUAUUCUAAUAAUGUCAUACACGCACACGCACGCGCACACGCCAGUGUGUUUGAGAAGACAUCAGUCACUCGAUGCUGUAUUUCUCUCCUGACCUGCUUUUUGUGAUGACAACACAGAGGACUUUUAGGGCCACACUGAAAGGAAAAGAAAUGGUCAAAUAUGAGAAUAAGCUGGUGGUGGUACAGUAAAAGUGGUCAUAUUAUGAGAAUAAAGUUACAUUUUUUCAGAGAGUAAAAAGUAAUACUGCGAGAACGUAGCGGGAAUGUGUUUGUGUAACGAAAAUACAACUUCAGAAAAUCCUCAACAGCCAAACAGUAAAAUGACAGCAUUUUUCUUUUAAUCUUUAGUCUCAUUACAUGAUUUUUCUCUUUAAAGGAAGAUUUUUGGCUUUAUUUUUUUCUUCCAAUCACAUACUAUUACUUUAUCGUCCCAAAAAACCCAAAUUUUCAUAAAAUGUAUUUUCAUAAAAUUACAACAUUUGUCUUUUAAUAUUAAAUCCUGUUAAUAUUAAGUUAUUCUUUAAUGGUACAACUUUAUUCUCUUAAUAUCACAGUGUUAUUUUAAUACACUAUAUUUUCUUUUGUAAUUUAAUACUUUUAUUUUUGUAAUAUUUCUACAUUAUUCCCAUAGAAAUAUGACUUAUUUUUAAAUGUAAUAUUACAACUUUAUUUCUGUAAUAUAAAAAAAAGUCAGAUCUAAUACAAUUUUUAUUUUUUUCUUGUAAUUUACGACUUUAUUCUGGUAGUAUAGCUGUUAUUUUCAUAAAAUGACGAAAUGUUCCAUGUAAUAUUGCAUCUUUAUUCUUGGAACAACUGGGUUUUUUUGUAAGUAGCGUGGCCCUAAAACUCCUUUGUACACAAAGGUUGGUAAAAGUAAGUGUACGCCUUCUGUGGGAUGUGCAAAGGUAGCAACUUUGUGUCUUCUGGUGUGUUUGAAUGAUUGUGUAUGAAUGUGGCGUCUAGUUCCAGGAUACAUUGUACAUAAUACAGUAUGAUAAUAUUGUGGAUGUCAGCUUUCUCUCGGUCACGUAUGCUCAGACCUGCACUAGUGAACAUGAUGUACUGGAUAUAAUUGACAUUGACUAGGUGGAAAUACUUGAAUAAAUGGUUUACUGAGUUGAA